AUGAUCUACAAGACCAACUACGAGCUUUACUCCCGAGAGUCGCUCGACAACAGGCGCUCCCCGCCACCCGACGAGCUGCUGUACCCGUUGGCAACGCUCUACCCUCAUGUUACGGCGCUGCAGCCGCAGUACGACCCCAACACCUGCACCUUCACCGGCUACCGCGACACCGGUUACUGGGCCGCCGCCUACACCACCCAAGAGUGCCUGCCCCGGCGCAGCAGUGGUACGCCUGUCUUCACACCAUUUAUUAUUCGACAUUGGUUUAACAAUCUGCUUUAG